AGGUGGUCUAAGGAUUUGGGUCUAACUUCCAUGGGAUUUGGGCGUGAAAAAACCAUUUAUUGCUAUUUCUCCAUGGCUUCUGCCACUUCAUUGCCUCAUGACUCUAUCAUACGGACGAUUGUUGCCAAGAGUGCCAUAAUUGUUACGGUUGCUGACGAUUUUUUCGACACUGAAGGUUCCUUAGAUGAAUUGAAGACAUUGACACAAGCCAUUCACAGAUGGAAUUGGAAUGAUUUGACGAGCCAUUCUAAGAAAAUAUUUGACGUAGUCGAUCACCUCGUGACUGAUAUCUCGACAAAGCUUGAAUUUCGAAGUGGAAGAAAUGCGAUGGAAAAUCUACGUGAAAUGUGGAGGGUAGCGUUUGCGACAUGGAUGAAAGAGGCGACAUGGAGCAAAACAGGAUAUGUUCCAUCGAUGGAUGAAUAUUUGGACCCCGGUAGAAAAUCCAUUGCAAUCGAUACAAUGAUUCUCCCAUCUACUUGUUUCUUGACUCCCGGUUAUCCGAUCAGCAUGCUCAAUCCUGUAUAUUAUGAGCCCAUCACAAAGUUGCUCAUGGUCACAACGCGGUUGUUGAACGAUGUUCAAAGUUAUCAGAAAGAAGAGGGGGAAGGGAAGAAAAACUUUGUUUUGCUAUAUUUAGAAGAAAACACAAAUGCUUCGGUUGAAGAGUCCAUUGCGUAUGUGAAAGAAAUGCUGGAUGGUAUGAAGAAAGAUUUACUCAAACAUGCCCUGUUGGAUGGAGCUGGAGGUUCAUGCAAAAUCCCUAAAACGUGCCGACUUUUUCACUUAUCUUGUCUAAGAAUAUUUCAAAUGUUUUUCAACUCUAGCAUUCUGUUUGACACAGUCUCGGACCUCACUCACGACAUAAACAGGGCGAUAUACAUGCCGCUGUACUCGAAAAUUAGUAAUUAA